AGUGUACUCUCACGUGUAGUCGUUAGUUGUUUUUAAAAGUGUUAAUUAAAAAUAAUAUUUGAUGUAUUCUUUAAGAACUUCUUUUGAUGGAAGGAAAAUUGCUUUGCUUACGCUUUGGGAACUGGAGAGCUGGCUUUCAGGAAUGGCUAAGUUGAACGAGGAAAAAAGUGCAUUCUGAAUGAUAACUACUGCUUGCUGAACUGAACUGCAAAGAUUUCAUGCUUUGGAGAUGAAGAUGAUAAAUCCAAGGAAAUAAUCCAGCUGCUGCCAUUGUGACAACUGAAAGGUUCUUUGUGUCAAAAUGAACAGUCUUUGAGAAAAAUCUGGGAAGCAGUUAAAUCUGAAAAAUGGGAGAAAGAGUAAGGAGCCCAGAUUCUGAACACGACAGGAAAUCAGAUGGGGAUAAAAAUAGUGACUCCUAUUAUUCAGAUGAAGAUAAUGCAUCUCAUUCAUCUGGCCAGUCUCCAACACUAAGCUAUCCAUCUACAAGCCAAGAAAAAAGAGAUCACAAAACACAAACUUCAAACAGCCUUGUGCACUACCAAGCCACAAAGAAAUUGGGUUCCAAAUAUGCACCAAGCAAAAGAGGGACGCAGUGGGGUUUCCGUUCUCAGAGCCUCACUAGGGAUUCUCCUGCAAAAGAUAUAGAUCUUGUUACAAAAAGAGUUCUUUCUGCUAGGCUGCUGAAAAUCAAUGAGCUCCGAAAUGAACUGACUGAACUCCACAUCAAACUAGAUGAGCUGCAGAAGGAAAACAGGGCACUGAAGAGGCUUCAGCACAGGCAGGAGAAAGCCUUGAAUAAGUUUGAAGAUACGGAAAACGAAAUCUCUCAGCUCCUUGCUCGGCACAACAAUGAGAUUAGAAUAUUAAGGGAGCGCCUACGAAAAUCUCAAGAGAGAGAACGUGCAACUGAGAGGCGGCUGAAAGAUUCCGAAGAUGAACUGUACAGAACAAAAACUGUCUUGCAGAAACUGAAAAAGCUGUCUGCAGAUAAGCACCUUGCCGAAAGAGAUGACCUGGCAAAGAAACUAGCCUAUGCAGAGAGCAGGCUAGAGGACAGUGAAAAAAGAAUUAAGGAUCUGGAAAAAAAUCUUGAAUUAAGUGGUAGCAGUUUUCAACGAGAGUUACAUUCAAAGAAAAAAAAGAUGUAUGAGGCUCAAGAAGAAAACAGAGCUCUCCAAGAGGAGCUUCAUCAGCUAAAUCAGAAGCUGAAGGAAAAAGAAAGAGAACUCGAAGCAAAAAAUAUAUAUGCCAAUCGUAUGUUGAAGCUAUCACCAAGAAAAGACAUGGAUAUUAUACAAAGAAAAAGAGCCAACAACCAAAAUACUAAAAAAGGAGCACAGCUCACAAAAGGCGUGCAGACCAGUGGAUACUUCUCACCAGUAGAAUUUCUUCCAGAAUCAGAACUUGUCUGUGGUGACACAGUAAACAAGAAAGAAGGGAUUCUUCCUAAAAUAGAAAAGGAAACUCAAGACAAAGGAUGGAAAGAGCAAGCAGACCUCCUAAGGCAAGACCAAGACAGGGAAAGGGAAGAGAAACUGAAAUGUUUUCAGGAAAUACAGGCUCUAGAGGAGAGGGUUCAAAAACUACAUGACGAGUGGGAAAAGGAAGAAUAUGACAAAAUUAAAAAAGAAAGCAGCUUUUUAUUGGAUAAAGAAGAGAAAACAAAGAUGGAGGCAGAGAUCCACAAACCUGAAGUACAGAGAGAAAGCACUGAAAUGCUGGAAGAAAGAAAAAGAGAGUUCCUGCUUGCUAAAAUGCAAGAAAUUGAUAGAGAAACUCAAAAUGUAACAAACGUGAAACCUGCUUCCCAAGCACUACUCAUAAAUACAGCAAGAAAAUCUAAUUCCCUGGAGAAAAAAGAAAAAACUAAUCAAUUCUUUGAGAUUCCCGGGAAGGUUACUAAUGGAUUUCUUGUAGAUGACAGCCAGGAUGAUGCCACAAGAGCGCAAGGGCAGAAGCAACGAAAUCUAAGGACCGUAGAUUUAAGUAGUGAGUUAACAUUUGGUAGUUACGUGCCUUCCUUUGGGAAAGGAUCAGGGAGACCAAGCUGGCUUACUCAAAAAAGUGACAACUUAGAAGAAAGCGUUAAGGAGAAUGCAGAUUUCAAUAGUAAGAAAGAAAAGAAGUCCAAUUUAAUGGAACAACUCUUCGGAAGCAGUGCCAGUACCAUCCUUCUUGCUAAAAAUAAUGAUACAACACCUUUUGACAUAGAUUGGGACUCUAGUAAUACUCUUCUUGUUGAUAAAAACAGUAAAGUCAAAGUAAAAGAAGACGGUGAGCUUUUCGGUGAAGGAAGAAACCUAAACAGACAUCGUUUGCAACACACUACAAGCAAGCCAGGAGUUAAGACCCUUGGUUCAUUAGAAGAUGAAAUAGAAGAAGUAAUCUUGCAAUGAUCGUAUUUUUAUGUUUCAUAUGUAAAUACAAAAAAAAAUAUUUUCAUGUAAUAUUUAUUAGAUACAGAUUUGAAACAUUUCAGAUAUAUUGUAAAGCCUUAUGAAGGAACAAUUGAUAUAAGUGGGUAUAUGUAUAGAGGAAAGAUGCACUUUGAUAGAACAGCCUAACCUAUAUGCAGGAGAUUUCUUCUAAAAUGUAAUAUCCAAAUACAGACCUUGGAGAUAUGGCAGUGACCCUCUUGGCAGAAAGACAGGGAAGGUGUCCUGAGGGACUUUGAUAGAUGAGAUAGGUGCUGGAUGGCCACUUCAGUCAAUUAGAGGAGGCGCUUUUGCCCCAGCUUGGGCUCCAGACCGACUCUCGCUGUUGCCACAUGGCACCAUCUGACUCGUGCAGCUGUGGCUCUGGGGCUGGGAGGCUCAGUGGCGCAGAGCUGGUAGGGAUGCCAUAGGAAUGGAAGGACUUGCAGAGGCUUACACCCACCUGCGCCCUCUCCUUUCUCACACCCCCUUCGUGCUCCCUCUCGCUCUUGUGCUCUUGUGCACUUGCUCUCUUCCCCCUCAUCCUUCUCUCUCUCCCCACCACUUUGCUUGCUCUCACCCUCUCUCUCUUGCUAUUGCUGUCCACAUUUUUGACACUGAUGGUAUGCCAAGUAAAAUUCUACUUCUCACAAGGGAGCAUGAUAGCUUAUUGCAGAAUGAGUUGACUAAGAAGGCAACAAGCUUCUACGUGGCAGCCCUGGCAUUCAGGGCAGUUACUUGUUGUACAUCUCUGGCUAGCCAGCAUAGGAAGUGUUGGGGUUUUUUUACCUGUGGACUGCUCACAGUACAUUGCUUUUCAUCUGGAGUACUUCUAGGCAUCAGAUAUUUUCUUUCUCAGGUGUUUGGAGAGCCUCUUAACUGUGUCAGGAGAAGGCACAUGUAACAUCAGUGUCACGAAAUGGAUAGAAGAGAGGUGCCUAGCACAAAGGCUCAGGUAGAAGAAGAGUAUUCUACGCUGCAAUCAUGUUAUCUCAGAAUAAUAUCAACAGAAACACAAUUAACUCAGGAACAGCUGAUCUUUCUUCUGCACAGGUUUUCUGUAG